CCACCGCAGUCUGGUUGUACCGGUCUCCUUCUUCCUAUAUUCUUCGUGAAGCAUAACAGAGACCGAGAAGGAAGUGAGGCCGAGUCCGCAGCUCGAGCAGCCCAGCCAUUUCGCACAAAGGCGCCGACCUCACCACCCCAGGGGCAGGAAGAGAGGUUACCGCCCGCGAGCAGAGCGUUGAGACGCACAGUGCGCCCUAUGCCCCCGCGCCCCCACAGCCCCCGCCGCGGCGACCGGAGCGCAACGAGAGAAAGCGCCACCGCUGGGCCUGGGUGCAGCUAGCGACACUUACCGCAGCGCACAGCCCGAGGUGAGCGGCGAGCGAGACGGCAGCGAGGCGUUCGCGGACCCCCUCCUGCUGCCCGGGUCCGGCCCGCUCAUGGCGGCCAUCCGCAAGAAGCUGGUGGUGGUGGGCGACGGCGCGUGCGGCAAAACGUGCCUGCUAAUCGUGUUCAGUAAGGACGAGUUCCCCGAGGUGUAUGUGCCCACUGUCUUCGAGAACUAUGUAGCCGACAUCGAGGUGGACGGCAAGCAGGUGGAGCUGGCGCUGUGGGAUACGGCGGGCCAGGAGGACUACGACCGUUUGCGGCCGCUCUCCUACCCAGACACCGACGUGAUCCUCAUGUGCUUUUCGGUAGACAGCCCGGACUCGCUGGAGAACAUCCCCGAGAAGUGGGUGCCGGAGGUGAAGCACUUCUGCCCCAACGUGCCCAUCAUCCUGGUGGCCAACAAGAAAGACCUACGCAGCGACGAACAUGUCCGCACAGAGCUAGCCCGCAUGAAGCAGGAACCCGUGCGCACGGAUGACGGCCGCGCCAUGGCCGUGCGCAUACAAGCCUACGACUACCUCGAGUGCUCGGCCAAGACCAAGGAGGGGGUGCGUGAGGUCUUCGAGACGGCCACGCGCGCCGCGCUGCAGAAACGCUACGGCUCCCAGAACGGCUGCAUCAACUGCUGCAAGGUGCUAUGAGGGCCGAUCCUGGCCCCCGCCUGCCCCUACCGGCGCGGCUCCCCUCCCGGCCUGCCCCUCGCGAGUCCGGAGAAGGGAGACCCGCGUCCCCGAACUACCCCACCGGACUGCCUGGCGUCUGCCGUUAGGACCGGCAGCAGUCUACUGACGGCUCUGGCUCUCGCGCCGGCAGUCGGCGUAGGAGGGACCGGACGCCCCCUUCCCAAUGUCUGUCUGCGUCCGGCUGCGUUGCACAGGCCAGGGCGCCCCGCUGAGUGCCAAGGAUCCCUGAGCAUCCUUUUCUGAAGAGCUAGGCGUCAGAGUGUGUGACUGUGUGUAUGUUCGACUCUCCACGCCCUGUGUUCACCCCCACCCCCGCCUCUGGU